UUUGUUUAGACUUGCGUCACAGCGUAUCAGAAGUUUGCUUUACUUUGAGAACACCUUCUGCUCAGGCCUCUCAUGUACUACUGGCAAGGGGAGGCACACUACACUGUGAGUGAGAGAGUCAAUGUGUUUGUGAGUGAGUGAACAAGAUGCCCAGAAGGACUGUGUCAGUUCCCCAUCCCAACGGGGAUCCGACUCCAAGUAAUUUUGGAGAGAAAGACCCUCUCGAAUCAAAUGGAGACCCCCAUGCCGGAGCCCCCGAGGAGAAGGUGAAACUGGGGAAGAAGGUGGAACUGGGGAAGAAGGUGACCCUGCUCCGAGGAAUCUGUAUGAUCAUUGGGACGAUCAUUGGAGCUGGAAUAUUCAUCUCUCCGAAGGGAAUUCUGAAGAACUCUGGCAGUGUGGGAAUGUCACUGGUGGUGUGGAUUGCCUGUGGGAUUCUCUCUCUUUUCGGUGCUCUAUCAUAUGCUGAGCUGGGUACCUGUAUUAAAAAGUCUGGUGGCCAUUACACGUACAUUCUGGAGGCAUUUGGUCCGCAAGUGGCUUUUGUGGGAUUGUGGGCUGACAUGAUUGGCAUAAGACCUGCAGGUUUUGCUGUGUCCGCUCUGGCAUUUGGCCGCUAUAUUUUAGAGCCCAUCUUCAUGCCAUGUGGAGUUCCUGAGACUGCCGUUAAAUUGGCCACAGCAAUCGGAUUCACCAUGGGAAUGUAUCUAAACAGCAUGAGUGUAAGCUGGACUGCCAGAAUCCAGAUCUUCCUCACAUUCAUCAAGAUGCUCGCCUUCGCCAUUAUCAUUGUUCCAGGAUUAUACCUACUCUUCAAAGGGGAGACCAAAAACUUUGAGAAUGCAUUUGAGGUCAACACAGUAGACUUAUCAGGACUUCCUCUUGCCUUCUACUCAGGAAUGUACGCCUAUGCCGGCUGGUUUUACUUGAAUUUUGUGACUGAGGAGGUGGAGAAUCCUGAGAGGACAGUGCCUCUUGCCAUCUGCAUCUCCAUGGGGAUAGUAAUGAUCUGUUACACACUGAUAAACGUGGCAUAUUACACCGUGAUGUCAGCAGAAGAGCUGUUAGCCUCCAAUGCCGUAGCUGUGACUUUUGCAGGGAAGCUGAUGGGAGACUUCUCAGUAGCAGUUCCCGUUUUUGUAGCUCUGUCUUGCUUUGGGUCCUUGAAUGGAGCCAUAUUUGCCAUCUCAAGAAUGUUCCAUGUCGCCUCCCGAGAAGGUCAGCUUCCUGAAGUUCUUUCUAUGAUUCACAUACGCCGACACACGCCAUUACCUGCUGUGAUUGUCCUGUAUCCGAUCACACUACUGAUCCUCUUUCUAGGGGACAUCUACAGCCUGCUGAACUUCAUGAGCUUCCUACGCUGGUUCUUUAUCGGGGUGGCAGUGGUCGGCCUCAUCUACAUGCGAUACACACGCCCUGAUAUGCCACGACCUUUUAAGGUCCCCAUUAUAAUCCCUGCUGUUUUCUCCUUCACCUGUUUCUCCAUGGUAUUCCUUUCUCUAUAUUCGGAUCCAAUUAAUACUGGGAUUGGCUUUGCCAUCUCUCUCACUGGCAUCCCUGCAUACUACAUAUUCAUCUACACCGAAAGAAAACCCAAAUGGUUCCAGAAAUUCUCAGACUCUGUGAACAGAUCACUACAGAUCAUCCUACAGGUGGUUCCUGCAGAGCACUGACCUCUAUCCUUUUUUUCUCUUUGCAUGUAUGUGUGACUGUGUCUGUACAGUAUCUGUAGUAGUUCUCUCACGACAAAAGUCUGUUCUGAUUGACAGCAGGGAGAAAACAAUACUAAAUCCAAAUAAUAAAAUCAACUGAACCAAUGCCUGUUGAUACCUAUUUCUGUCGUACAUCCAAAAAAACAAUCUCUGAAAUGUCUCUGCCUCAGUCCACCUGAGAAAGAGAUGCAACACUGUCAUUUCAAAAUAUUCAUCUUCCAAUGCUGUGAAGAACCUAAUGUGACUGACAUAAAGUCCAUGCAUAUCACCUGUGGUGUUUUAGAACCGUGGCCACUUAUUCAAUUUGCACUGCUAUAUCUUUAUACACGUCAAUGUCACAGACGCCAUAAGCGAUUCCACUCCAUGAAGGGUGACUCAAGAAUGGGUUCAGACAGGGAUUUGAACAUAAUGUUACACUCUCCUCAAUGGCUGAGGUAUUUGAAAUUCUGUUAUACUGAUAUGACUGUACAUGUAAACACUGAAUAAUGGCUAUUUUGUAGGGUCUUGUCUGACCAAUAGGUUAUUUAGGACAUAUCACAUACACCACAGUGAUAUUUAUGUAUUACGCUACACUGGAUAAUCUGGUAUUUUUAUUGCCUAUUGUGCUGUUUUAUUGUACCAUGCAGG